UCAGGAACGCGGUUGGGGCGGAUAUCCAUCUUCCAGGUAUGUGAGUAAUCCACCAGAUAAGAAGCUCAAUUACUCAUAUAUAUCUUUGGAUCCCACAUUGUCCCCUCUCCGAAGCUUCAAUUUCGUAUCCUACAGAUUUCAACCAUGGCCAACAAUUUAGGGAAUCUUGCACUUGAUGGCGGUGACCCUCGCAUUGAAGGAGUCGGUGAGGUGGAAAUAGCCACGGUCGUUCGUCGCAAGAUGCACGACCCGAAUGUUCCGUUCGAGGAAUAUCUGUAUUUCGCAAAGAUUCAACGGGAACAAGAGAUGAACGGACUCGGCCCAGAAGAACGGGAGAGAAUGUACCGGGAAUAUCUUGCUGGAACAGACAACGUUGCCAGAAAGGAAAUUGGGGAUGAGAAAAAGGCUCUUCCAGAAAUGGGGGACGAGAAGAUCGAUCCUCAAGCAAUCAAUGAGUCAAAACCUAGCUCUAUCUCCAAAGGUCAAAAUGAUGCAUAUGUCGGAGCUGGUGAAUGGGAGAGCGCAUCUCGAGCAGCUAGAAAUGCUACCUGGGGAGCUGUGUAAGUUUGGUUCUUGAAUAAAGCUAUAUUUUGUCUGACAAUUGAACAGUGUGUAUCUCAUCACCACCGAUAUUUUAGGGCCUUCAAAUGCACCAUACUCUGUUUCACAAUUCGGAUAUGUUGGAGGUGUGAUGAUGUACUUCUUCAUGGGAAUCAUGGCUUUCUUUGCGGGAUGGCAAAUCUGGCGCAUGUUCUUGAAGCUCGACAGUGAUAGAUGGCCUAUGAGGACCUUUGGAGACUUAGGGUUCAGAAUGUAAGAAGCGUCACCAAUAACAAAUUAUAUUAAUACGCAACUAACAUUUACAGUUUCGGAACUUACGCUCGCCACGCUAUCAAUCUCCUACAAAGUAUCCAACUUUUAUUCAAUGUCGGUGUCAUUGUCAUCUCCAACGGCCAAGGUCUAUCCGAAAUGUCCAAAUACAAGCUCUGCUUUUCGAUCUGUAUCCUGGUCUGGGUACUCGCUGGUAUGAUCUUUGGUCAAAUCCGCUCUUUGCAGAAGUUUGGGCAUAUGGCCAAUUUCGCAAUUUGGUUGAACAUCCUCGUUAUUUUGAUGACCAUGGGUGUUGCCGCACAUAGUCCUCCCAACUAUGCCGCAGCGCUUCAAUCUUUCGGUACUCCGAAAGGCCCUAUUAAGCACACUAUUUGGAUUCCUUCUGGCGCGACUUUCGACUCUCAAUUAAGUUCCGCUAUGCAAAUCGUCUAUGCUUACGGUGGCGCAAUGUUGUACUGCGAAUUUAUGGCCGAAAUGAAACGACCACUCGACUUUAUUAAGGCUCAAUUUCUAGCUGAAAUAUUCAUCUUCGUCUGCUAUCUCAUUUUCGGUUGCGUUGUUUACUCCCAACAAGGUCAAUUCACCUACAACCCCGCCAAUCAAGGGUUAUCUCCAUACUCUUGGCAAACCGUCACCAACGCGCUCUCUCUCGUCUCCGGUCUCAUCGCCGCAGUUCUAUACGGUAACAUUGGUAUCAAAGUAAUCUACCAAAACAUCGUCGAGGAUCUCUUCAACGGCCCAGAACUCAACAGCAAAAAAGGAAGGAUCGUCUGGAUCGUCAUGGUACCCCUCUACUGGGCCUUUGCCUUCGUCGUCGGAUCCGCCGUUCCUCAAUUCACCAACAUCUCUUCGCUGGUUGCAGCUGUCUGCAUCAUGCAAUUUACUUAUACUUUCCCCACGCUCUUGUAUUUCGGUAUGACAAUCAAAGAAGAUGCCAUACACCCGGACGAAACAUACGAUCCUGUCACCGGAGAAGUACACCGAAUCGACACCUGGAAAGACAUGAGUCGAUGGAAGAGAGGACUUGCGCCAAGAUGGUGGCUGAAAAUUUUCUGCUUCUUGUUCUUUCUGGCAAGUGCUGCUACGGCUAUUUUGGGCAUGUACUCGAGUAUCAAGAGUAUCAUUGCCGGGUUCGCCUUGGGACACGCGACUAGCUUCGGUUGUGUAAGUCCGGUCGGCUAUGCUUAGAUAGUUAUGGUGGAAGGUUGGGGAUUCAAACGUCAGGGGUUCAAAAUGUUGGCGGAAUAUGGGAUGAUGAUAAUAUUGGGCUAAUGAUGGGGAAUGAAAAUGAAGAUUAUGAUUAUUGUACAGUAGAUUAAAUGUUAUGUGGGAACGAAAUGUGUAUACCAGAUUAUGAAUCAUGAA